AACCAAUAUUUUAUGCAUAUAUUGAAUUGUGAGAGAAAUGAAAUGACUGCGUUAUUGAGUUUCUUUCUUCCUUCCUCUCCUCUUUCUUGGUUUCUCCUCUUUUCUUUCUCUGCACUUCAUCAUCAUCUCCUUUGUUUUUCUUUCCAUUAAAAACAUUAAAAAUCUUUUACUUUUUUUUAAACCUUUAUUAUAUAGUCUUGAAGCUCUCACUUUCCCUUUAAAUUUAUUUUAAUUUCCCUAACAAUAAACAAACCCCAUAAACAGUUGUUAAUCAUCUCAAACAUAUAAAAUUCAUAUUUUUCGUAAAAAACUAUAUUUAUUUUUAAUCAUCUUGGUUCCUGUUGAUAUUGGUAUGGCCGGUUUAGAUUUAGGUACUUCUACUCGUUAUGUUCAUCAUCAGCUUCAUCACAGACCUGACCUUCACCUCCUAAACCAGCCUGAACCCGAACACAACAGUUUUGAGCAGCAGCCUGAAGACGACGGUGCCCACCAAGGUGGCGGAGGUCUAGAGCUAUCCGGUCGUCGGCCGAGAGGUCGUCCGCCUGGCUCCAAGAAUAAGUCGAAGCCUCCUAUAAUUAUAACUAGAGAAAGCGCCAACACGCUACGAGCGCACAUUCUUGAAAUCGGAAAUGGAUGCGAUGUGUUUGAGUGUGUUGCUAACUAUGCAAGACGACGGCAGAGAGGGAUUUGUAUACUGAGCGGCGCCGGGACGGUGACAAAUGUUACUAUUAGACAGCCGGCUGCAGCCGGAGCUGUUGUUACUCUACAUGGCAGAUUCGAGAUCUUAUCUUUAUCUGGAUCUUUUUUACCUCCGCCAGCUCCACCGGGGGCGACGAGCUUGACAAUCUUUCUUGCCGGUGGUCAGGGGCAGAUUAUGGGGGGGAGCGUGGUGGGGGAGUUGACUGCAGCUGGACCGGUGAUUGUCAUCGCAGCGUCUUUUACUAACGUUGCUUAUGAAAGAUUGCCUUUGGAUGAGGAUGAGCAGCUGCAGAUGCAGAGCGGCGGAGGCGGCGGGGGAAGUGGAGGUGACGGUGGAGUUGGGAAUAAUCCAUUUCCUGAUGGAGGAUCUGCAGCAUCUGGUGGGCUGCCAUUCUUUAAUUUACCGAUGAAUAUGCCUCCAAACGUGCAGUUGCCGGUGGAUGGAUGGGCAAACUCCGGCGGUAGGGCUCAGUUUUGAGAAAACUUAUGGUAUAUUUUGGACAUAAAGCUGAAUUUCUAGUUAGAUUCAAAGAUUGAAGCAUUAAAAGGUCAGCUAAUUCCAUGGAUUUCUUGUACUCAUGUUUCUUCUUCUUCUUCUUCUGUAAUGUUUUUAGGGUUUCUUCUUCUUCUGUAAUUUCUUUUAGGGUCUCUUGGUUUUUGAUUCAUAAGCUACUCUUCAAAUCUGGUUUGUGGAAAUAGUCAUUAUUAAUCAAUUGUGAAACUAUAUAUCUUCAUCUUCUUUAAGAAAUAGUAUGCAGAUUUUCUUUUUUUGUGA